AUGCAAGCAGAACUCAGUGGGUCAGGAUGGCUGUCCAUCAGAGCCCUUCGAGGGGUCUUAUGGACAGAUCCCGCCAUGAACUGCACCCAAAACUGCAGCUUCCACACCACAGACUAUCUGGAUUAUGAUAUUACCCACCUCAUGAACCUCUUCUCCCUCCCCACCCUAACUGUCGUAACCACUAUCUGUGUCCUGCUGGCCUUGGUCGGGAUUAGUGGCAACCUGAUGACCAUCUUGAUUGUGCUGAAGUUCAAAGACAUGAGGACCACCACCAACUUCUAUCUGUCCAGCAUGGCCCUCUCGGACUUGUUCAUCUUCCUGUGCAUGCCUCUGGAUCUGUACCACAUGUGGAGGGAGAGACCUUGGAUCUUUGGGGAUUUGCUCUGUCGGCUCUUCCAGUUUGUCAGUGAGAGUUGCACCUAUUCUACCAUCCUCAGCAUCACUGCCCUGAGUGUGGAGAGGUACUUCGCCAUCUGCUUCCCGCUCAAGGCCAAAAUGGUCAUCACCAAGGGCAGAGUCAAGGUGGUCAUCUUCUUCCUCUGGUCCUUGGCGUUCGCCUGUGCUGGGCCCAUCUUUGUCCUGGUUGGAGUGGAGUACGAAAAUGGAACUGACCCCCUCCUGACCAGCGAAUGCAAACCGACAGAGUACGCCCACAAAUCAGGCCUUCUGAACAUCAUGGUGUGGGUUUCCACCUCCUUCUUCUUCUUGCCUGUCUUCUGCCUCUCCAUAUUCUACAGUCUAAUCGGGAGGAAGCUCUGGAGGCGAAGGCGAGCUGACAUCACACCCAACGUCAGUCACAGGGAGAAGAAUCACAAGCAGACAGUGAAGAUGUUGGCUGUGGUCAUCUUUGCCUUCGUGCUCUGCUGGUUGCCGUUUCACGUUGGACGCUACCUUUUCUCCAAGGCUUCUGAGGAAUGGUCUGAGCAGUUGUACCAGGUCAGCCAGUACUGCAACCUGGUCUCCUGUGUCCUCUUCUACCUGAGUGCAGCCAUCAACCCCAUCCUCUACAACAUCAUGUCCAAGAAAUAUAGAGUGGCUGCCUUCAAACUGUUCCACGUCAACCAGGAUCUGAGGAGGACUCCGUCAAAAGGCAAGGAGCACAGCUUACCCAGCUGGACUGAAUCCUCUGUAAGCACUUGGUCAGGUCAGGUUGCUCUCAUGACAUCAUACGGAUAG